AUGGCUGGAGAAGAUCUGUCUGACUUUACUUCAAUAAACAACUUACCAGAUGAACUAAUAGUCUUGUUUUUCAAAUAUCUUUCUCUGGAAGAUAUUCUUAUGUGUGAAGAUGUAUCCAAAAGAUGGAGAAAAUUGGCUUUGGAUCCCAUCUUGUGGAGACAAUUUGUUAUUGUCUUUUCAGGGAAACCUGGACAAAGUGAAGUAAGUGAGAAAAAUUUGGAGAUAAUAUCAACACACAGUGACUUUAUUUAUUCAUUGAAAAUACAGUAUGUUUACAACUAUUCAGACAUACAGAGCAUUUUGGAAAAAUGUCACAAUUUAAUUUCACUAGAACUAGUCAUGUGUAGAAUAAGUAAGAACUUUGAGGAUGAUUUAAUAAAUUGGACACAUUUAAGGAAACUUAGUUUGAAGAAUUCUAUUCAGCUAUCUAGUGAAGUGGAUUGGUUAUUCCCAUUUAAUCAUCUUAAAGAGCUAAAAUAUUUAGCCUUGUCAGAUUUUGGACUUGCUCCUGGUAAUUGUAAUAUGUUGCUGCAAUGCAAAAAUUUGUCCCAUAUAUUUAUAGAAAAGAUUAGGGAUUUAAACUUAGAUUUUGUGAAAAAUUUAAUUUUAUCAAAAGAAAACAUCUUGGAAACUUUGCAUAUACAUGGUGGGGAUUCUGUUGAUGAUUCUUGCUUAAAAAUGCUGUCCAGAUGUACACAACUAAGAGAUUUGGCUAUAAUAAGAUGUGAAAACCUUACCGAUGUAGGACUUUUAGCUUUAAUACAUUUCAAGAAAUUAGAACACUUACAAAUAUGGAACAACAACAAUUUCUCAGAAAUGGUACUCUUAAAAACUUUAGGCAGUGCUACUUUAAUAACAUUAGAAAGUCUCAGUUUGUCUAGAGUGAAGAAUAUUUCACCUGUAAUAGUUGAUAUAAUAUCAGAGUACUAUAAAAAUUUAAAGUUUUUGGCAUUAUACCAGUGCCCUCGAAUUAUAAACACAGAUUAUGAGAAACAACUGAAAUCUAAAUUUAGGAACAUAGAUGUUGUGCUCUAUUGA